AUUCGGCCAAGAAAGUCGAGUCCUCAAAUAUUUCAUCGUCCUCAAAGUCAUCGUUCUGUUUAGAUUUACUAGUAGAAGGAAAAUUAUUCAUAAUAACUUCAUAAUAACAUGUAUUGAAUGUAAACACAGGGAAACGUGAUUAACUAUUCAUUAGAAGAAUAUCGAGGCCAGAUGGUAUAUCAGAAACGAAUAAUUCAUAAUUAUUAUAGAGGUGACUUAAAGAACUUGAAAGUUAAAACAACACAAACGAUAUUGGCGGUCUUUAUUCCGCUAUUUUGAGAUAACUUACAGUAUUCCUUGAUCCUUCCUGUCACUGUCACUUGUCAUUGACCAAAACAAGGCAUUUUAAAGUUUUGAAUUUUAAAACACAAACUAUGCGAAAAACUGAUUAAAUACUCACUGAAAUCACGUAUUGAAAUAAACACCAGUCGCCUACUUCCUAAAGUUCAAGGUAUCAUGGAAUUAGAAGAUGGUUUUGAUGAUUUACUCGCUGAAAUCAAUGAACCAACUUCACCGAAAGUUCCGAAGAUAGAACCAGAAAGUUCAGAACAAGUACAACCCGGCACAUCAAAGGAUCCUGUUUCUAAACCAGCUUCAUCUAAAACUCAUUGUGUAUUAGUAAAUCAGAAGCAGAGAGGCAAUCCAGUAUUGAAGUUUAUCAAAAGUGUUCCAUGGGAGUAUGAUGAUAUAAUACCAGAUUAUGAAGUGGGUAAAACUAUAUGCUUACUGUUUCUCUCACUGCGGUAUCACAAUAUGAACCCAGACUACAUAAACAACAGGCUGAAGGAACUGGGGAAGAAGUAUGAGCUGAGAGUUCUUUUAGUUCAGGUUGAUCUCAAAGAUCCCCAUAUAGUUCUAAAGAACUUGACUAGAAUCUGUCUCCUCACAGACUUGACUCUCAUGUUGGCCUGGAAUCCUGAGGAAGCUGCAAAAAUCAUAGAGAACUACAAGAUAUUUGAGAAUAAACCUCCUGAUAAAAUUAUGGAGAAGGUAGAAAAUGAUCCUCACCAGAAGGUCGUGAAUGCAUUAACAACAAUCAAGCCUGUGAACAAAACUGAUGCUAUGACAUUAAUAUCAAUAUUUGGUACGUUAGAAAAUAUAAUUAAGGCAUCGGAAAGCAGGCUUGCUGAUUGUCCAGGUUUUGGCGCUACGAAAGCAAGGAAACUUUACAAGGCCUUGCACGAGCCGUUCUUAAAACGAGCCAAUGUAAACCAAAAUCAGAAGAAAAACGAUUUCGAUGGUGAUUUAAGUAUUGAAGACAUAGAGAAGAUUGAGAAUGAAGUGGAAAAAGCUGCGGAGAGCUGAUAAGAGCUUUUAAUGUUAUUAAAUUGUGCUUGAUAGUUAAAUUACAUACUGGGUACCCCACCCGAAAUUAGAUUUUGUCAUUGUCACGAGUAUUUUCUACUUUCAAGGAAAAUAUAAGGAAAAUAAAAUAGGGAUCAAGCAAGUAAAUUGGAAGAAUAUAAGGACUUUAGGCCCCGCUUGUCGUGAAUAAGUGAUUACGUUUGUCACGUUUUUUUAUUACGUGUCAAAGUACGAGCUAAGUGAGCUCGCCUCCGCCAUUCCCAAAUUUUGCUAUUAAUAUUGUUUUAAACGUCGUCUCGCGAAAUAAAACACCUGAUUAACCAAACGCCAAGUGAAUCAAAAGUAAGAGAUACCUGUACAUAGUUUGAAUAUACUUAAGCAAUAUGAUUUUGUGAUAAGUAGUUUAAGUAGUUAGUAAAUUUACCAAAGUUCUGUAGCUACGUUAGGCCGUUCACGUCUAUUUUUCUAUAGAGCAGUGGUGGAUGGCCCGUGGUGGAUUACUGUAACUCUGUACUUUCAUCUCUCAAUGUUGGACUUCUCCCCGUGUACGCCUUUAAGAAGAAGGACCGGGCCUCCUUCCUCCUCCACCUUCCCCUGAAGUUAACCCGUGAACGAACAGCGACAUUUAGGUCACUCACUAAAUAAUAAAUCGUUACAUAAACCCCCAUCAAGUUGUUUGUUUGCUCAUAAUUUCUGCAAAAGUUAAUUUAAGUAAUUUUGAACUAACAAAUAGCUCGGGAGGAUCUCGAUAAAUUUAAUUAUAAGCACGUACCUAAUUUAUUUGAAAAUAAUGUAUAAAACAGUAUCUUAAGUGUUUUUUUAUUGUUUUAGUGCAAUUUCUGUUGCUGCUUGUUUAUAUGCAUCAUGUUUGUUGUGAAAUCAAAUAAUAAAGAGUUUUUUACACUAA